AUGGUCCCGUCGAUCUUGAGUGCCUCCCUGGACGGUUCGACGAGAAUGGGGUGGUACCCGAGCUUCGCAGAGUCAGACCCUAUUCGCAAACAAGAACAUCCUGAUUCUACGUGCGACGGUAAUCCCAGGGCGCUGGGGAUUUCCAUUCAGAAGGACACCUGCACUUUGCGGGUCCAAAUGCCAAGGCCGGGCCUCCCACGCCGCCCGCCUCGCUCGUCCCUCACUCGCUCCUCCUCCGCCGCCUGUCUCCACGUCCACGCGUCUCGGCGAGUCUGCCCUGCUUGGAUCCAUGGGAUUUGCUUCAUCGAGUACCGCAAUACCGCUCCGGUUUGGGUUGGAAGGGUUCGGCAUAUGAGACAUCUGCCCUCUGUGUUUCUGACACUUUUCAACGUCCCCGGUAUCACCUCCUCUACAAGACAUCUGGGGCGAUUUAAUCUGAUGAGUCUGAAGAGGCAAACGCGGGCUUUGCCGCUGUUACCGGGAUUCCAAGGUUGCGCCCGGGCCAAUGACUCAGUUCAUAAAGUACUUUUCAUAUUGCAUGCUGCUUGA